UAUUUGACAAUGGGGGCCGCGCUCUGGCACGGAGAAGGUGGCAGACACGCGUCUGUAGCAAGGCCUAGCUGUCCCACGGGGAGGGCAAUUAACAUGCACUCGUUUGCCAAGGAUCGAGGCAGAUUCUCCAUCGCUAACAAUAUUAAAAUCGAGAUCGGAGUUGAUCGCCUGAUCCGAGAGAACAGCCACAUUUUCACAGAGGCGCAAUGCAAAGUGUGCAGCGCAGUCCUCAUCUCUGAGUCCCAGAAGCUUGCUCAUUACCAGAGCAAGAAGCAUGCGAACAAAGUGCGGCGGUACAUGUCGAUUCACGGGGAGGAGCAGCUCACCCAGGGGAAGAAGUUAAAGCUGGAGACCAAACAGGAGAGCAGCAACGGAGAAGACAGGAACAAAUGUUGCCCCAUCUGUAACAUGACCUUUUCGUCUCCCGUGGUGGCCAUGUCUCACUACUUAGGCAAGACUCAUGCCAAGAACAUGAAGCUGAAGCAGCAGUCCCCCAGAGCGGAAGUAAUGCUGCCUGCACAGAAACGCCCUGCUACCCUCCCUCCCCCUGCUGUGUCUGCCACCAAGGAGACCCAGAGCACUGCUGACCCAGACAAGUUCUGCAGCCUCUGCCAUGCUACUUUCAACAAUCCACUCAUGGCAAAACAGCAUUAUGUCGGCAAGAAGCACAGAAAACAAGAGACCAAGCUCAAGCUGAUGGCACACUAUGGUCGGGCCUCGGACACCCCUGCCGCUUCCUCCCUGGCUGGGAAGGGGUACCCCUGCAGCACGUGCAAUAUAGUGCUGAACUCCAUCGAGCAGUACCAGGCUCACAUCAGCGGCUUCAAGCACAAGAAUCAGGUGCCAGGAGCAGUGCCCAGUGUCGGCCGGUUCCCAAAGCAGCAGUAUGUCCGGGAAGAGUCAACUGCCCCUGGGGGCUACAGUUACUUCAGCCAGGACUUGUAGAGCAAGCUGUAGCCCUGGUCCUGGUGCUGCCAGGGGCUCCAUCCUUCGCCACCCCCGUUACUUCGUUAUUCCCUCCGUGUGCACCUGCCAAGCUGCCCCGAGCUGGGCGUCUGCCGAGGGAUCCAGCAGCAGCAGCCACUGGGCAGCGAGAGCCACUCCCCAAGAGCCGCUCCCGUGGGCAGCCUUUCCUGUGUGGCUGGAGGGCUGAGGGCGCGGCAGGGUCCAACAGCGGCAAACAGCCUGUCUCCUCCCUCCCUGGCAGCGCAGCGCCUGGAAUUGCGGCGUUUCCCGAAGGCAGGCUCCCGGCUAGGAGGGAGCUGGCGCUGGAAGCUUGACUGUGGACAGACGCCUUGCCCAGGCUUCGGCUCUGGUUUUCCUGUCCCUCCCCACCGGCGACGGCCGUUAGGGCUGCUCCGGAGUGCUGCAGGUGCUGGUUCUGGAGGUCGGGGUUGGGCUCCCUUCCUAGCUACUGUGGGGGUGCAAACCUGCUGCUACGCAGGGCUCGGGGGCCUCCAAGGGAGGAGAGUACAAGCGCUGGGUCUGGGAGACCCCUGGGGACCAUGCUGACGCGUCACGGGAGAGGAAGGGAGUCCCGUUGGCUGCCGAGUGCUCUUCCGUCAGACCCUGGCGGGGGGGCUCGGCAGAGGGGGCCCCGAGGGGAGGGCGGAGGUGGCUGUGGCCCUG